AUGGCGACAAAUCCUGAAGGCGUCAUCAUCACUCAAGAUGCAUUAGAGUAUGAGCCCAGUCUACCGCCUAAGUAUUACUACCAUGACCCAAACGUCCUGAUACCGCCGACAUAUACAGCAGUGGCACCUUUGUGCUACCGUCGCUUCCCCUCAACCAUGACAAUAAAGGCUGGAUGGUCAAAAUCUUUUACGAUAUGCGACGCAAACGCAGAUGAAGUUCUCUACUUGGCGAAAUUCCACCCCUAUGGCUGGUCAUUCCCAAAACCGUUGGGCGCCAGGGGAGGUUUUAUUUUGUACAAUGGAACCAGCCAUGAAGAUGCCAUUCUCGCUGCCGUGGGCGACAUCACGCUUUUUGAGCAAAAGAUAAAUCUUUUCAGCAACAAGAGUCACAUUAUGCUUCCGCCGCUGGCUAAGGACGAUAAGAGGCAGGCGUCGCGAGAGGUGACUGAGACGGAGACGAUGACUGCAAGGUCAGUGGCAGACAAUAGCGUCGUAUUUCACUUCGUCAUUGAGGCCGGGAGAGCUUUGAAGAGAGAAAGGUUUGAAUGGAAGAGAUGUACUGAAGAAGGAGUCGCAUGGAAGCUGGUGAGAUGCCCCAGUUCCUCUCGAAGAGUCCCUCCCGAAGGAGAGGUCGUCGCCAAACUGUCAUGGCUGCCUGUUUCGUUGGCAACCGUGCUUGAUCUAGUGAAUCCCAAGCCACUCUUUACGCUCCAGCUUCUUAAUAGUCUCGAAUCGGGCACUUUGGGAGAACGAUGCGCUCUUGCUGUGGUCAUGAGUGCAUUGAGAUUGUGGCAGCUACGUACAAAGGGGAAACACAAGAGGUCGUACGUAAGGAUUGGUGAAAGAAUGGGAGAGAAAGACAUUCAGAUGGCGUAA